CUGUCCGGUCCGACCUUUCAAAAUAAGGAUGUAGGAACAUAAAUGAGCUGAAAGUUUCUGGACACCAUUGAAGACAGUCAGUUCAAAAUGUUUCUGUUCCUGUUGAUGGCCUGUUGGCCGCUAGAGGGCGACACGUCACCAAUCAGCUGUCACAACGACCGGGGAGAUGCAGUUGAUUGGUUUUAUUUGUACAAACUGCCUAAAGAGGAUGGGACAUCUGCAAAAGAGGGUGAGGCGUAUUUAUUGCUUGAGAAAGGCAGUGAAGGCUGGACGGAGGGGAAGGUGACGGUGAAUGACUCUCUGGGAGCUCUGGGCCGGACGGUGGGACAGCUGUACUCACAGGAAAAG